GCCCUGCGAACACUUCACUCGCUGUCACAAUAACGUGUCACUAUUCUCGUAAAUUAACUUCGUUAGCUUGUCAUCAUCCUCACUCUUAUUCGAAACAAAUAACGAGGUGCAAACCCUUAUCACGGCACGGGUGUGUGUGACGUGCUCUAACGACGUGCUUCACCUAAAGCAGUGACAGUUACUUUUUCUAUCAAGUUUUAUCAGAUUAUACAAUACAAAAAGAUAAAUAUAAAGCUCUGUGUAUGUUAAAUUAAAACAAUAAAAGUUCAGGGACGGUUCUUUGACAGACGAUUCGCGAUCUUAUGGCUACGUCAGAGAAACUGGAAUAGAUUUACGUAUACCGGGGCGUGAAAUUAAAGGAUAAACAAAUGAAUUCCGAAGCGGGCGCCAUAAUAAUGAAACAGCAGUCGGCAUCAGGAGGUGUCAAGCGGCAGACACGGGCGGCGUGACCCGGCAUCGAAACGCGGCCGCGGCGCAGCAGAGGAACUGGGCCAUAUCAAUAAGCGUGGCCCACUUACCUGGAUAGUGGAGCCGGCGCUGCGGCAGUGCAGCGGCGAUGUCGGGCAAGUCGUGCGCCUCGGGCAGCGUGCGCUCGUGCGGCGGCUCCGUGCGGCUGGGCACGGCGGCCGGCCACGAGCUGGUGCUGGACGCGCUGUACGAGCGCAAGCGGGACAAGAAGAGCGUGCGCGUGCUCACCGUCAUCAUCUACGUGUUCUGCGUCUCGCUGGCAGCCAUCAUGCUCUCGCUCUACUAUGUAUUCUUCUGGGAGCCCAAGGACGCGCAGUAUGCGCAACGCAAGGUGUUACACACAGUAGAGCAGCAAACCAGCACCACACCAAUGCCCACAUGCUUUAUGCCCCUCACUGGAGGAGGCGAUACCUCAAUGAAUGGCGACGUCACUCAUUCACCACAAGAUAACAUCACCAGUGGUUAUGACGAAGAGAGCGCGACCACCGAGCCGGGCGCGGACACCACCAGCCUGCCCGACUCCACGCCACUCAACAGCACCUCAGAUGACAUAGGCACCCUCGACGACGCAGACAGCAUCACAUGACACCCGGAACUCAACCAACGUGACACGUAACAUGAAGAUUAACGCUUCGCUUCCCGAACAUUAAACGAGGUGUAAAUUGCAGCAGUAUGAUACGAGCUAGUCAGUUAUUUCUUAGAAUUUAAUAAACAAAAAAGCUAACAUCGAUUUGUGAAUACUUUCUAUGGAAAUGCGAUGUACUUGGUAUGGCAUAGCACGGCAGUGGGAAAAUAUUAAUUGCGUCAGCCUGUAAUAGCUAACAGAAACAUAGAGAGCCUAUAACAAUAACCCCAUGUUGGAAAACCCCACUAGAUAUUGGACCAGCUAUACGCCGUCGAUAGAUAAGUAAGAUAUUAAGUGGGCGCCACUGUCAUCGGAAGGCUGAACAAAAAUACCAAUUAAUUAGUAAUAAACAUAGAGUUUAAGUAUAGGUGUGUACUUAAUGGUUAAUGGCUAGCUCAAACUUCACGUAAUCGCUGUUAAUAGGAAAAACAUGGCUGCACAGCUGAUAGACUGAAUUAUAGUGUCCAUUACCCAUUGUAAAAUAGGGUUCCAGAAUGUCACGACCCACUUAAAAGGCACGAUCACCCAAAGAGAACAUAGUUACAAGCAACUAGCUAGCCAUAACUCAUAGGUAGGUUUUAAUAAAUAAAUAUUUAUUGUUUAGUGGCUUAAUACUAUUUGUAUUACAUCAGAUGUACCUAAGUGUGUAUUAGAAAAACGCCUAAUUUUAAUUUAUACUAAGGUUUAUAGAAUUAUUUUUGUCUAGGAUGUUUAUUAGUUGUAUUUGAUAAGUAGAGGUACUUAUUUAUAGCCUUUGCAGGCAAAUGUAUGUAUGUUGUGUUGUCAUAUAAAAAUCUUUGAUAUUAUU